AUUCACCUGCCGGCCGUAUUAACCCCACCAUCCUCCAACGUGGCUUUCCUGGCAUCACUAGCACACUUCAUUUUGGGGACGAACACCCUACGGAUCACCCAAUGCUAACAAGGAACUGCCUGCUACUGUUCCUCUGGAUUCUGUCCCACGAGAUCUCCAGUUUGCGGCUGCCCACCACCCCACUGUCGAACCGGGUCAGGGGGGGGCAGGCCAAACCCAAGGCCCCAGUGACAAAUGGGGUGUCGGGGGCCAUGCAGAGAGUCAAGCGCGGCUGGGUCUGGAACCAGUUUUUCGUGUUGGAGGAGUACAUGGGGUCAGAUCCACAGUAUGUCGGCAAGGUCCACACAGACCUGGACAAAGGUGACAGCGCUGUGAAGUACACUCUGUCGGAAGGUGCAGGUUCUAUCUUCACCAUAGACCAGACGACGGGGGACAUCCAUGCCUUACGCAGCCUAGAUCGAGAGGAAAGACCCUACUACACCCUCCGAGCUCAGGCCGUGGACCUCAACACCAACAGACCCCUGGAGCCUGAGUCCGAGUUUGUCAUCAAAGUACAGGACAUCAACGACAAUGAACCCAAGUUCCUAGAGGGGCCUUACACUGCAACUGUGCCAGAAAUGUCACCAGUGGGGACAUACGUAACCCAGGUAAGAGCCACAGACGCAGACGACCCCACUUAUGGCAACAGCGCCCGAGUGGUGUACAGCAUCCUGCAUGGGCAGCCAUACUUCUCUGUGGAAGCAAAGACAGGGAUUAUAAAGACGGCUCUACCAAACAUGGACCGUGAGGUGAAGGAGCAGUACCAGGUCCUAAUCCAAGCCAAAGACAUGGGGGGGCAGCUGGGUGGUCUCGCAGGGACCACCACAGUCAACAUCACGCUCAGCGACAUCAAUGACAACCCACCACGAUUCUCCAAAAGUUUUUUCCACCUCCGUGUUCCUGAGUCCUCCGCAGUGGGCUCAGCGGUGGGCCGAAUCAAAGCCCAUGACCUGGACAUCGGGAGGAACGCAGAGGUGGAAUACACCAUUGUCCCUGGAGAUGGAGGAGCCAUGUUUGAUAUCACCACUAACGAACACAACCAAGAGGGCAUCAUCAUCCUCAAGAAGCCAUUGGACUAUGAGACAAAGAAGGCCUACACGUUUAAAGUCGAUGCCACAAAUGCACACCUGGACCCACGUUUCCAGAGCCAUGGUGCAUUCAAAGACACGGCCACAGUCAAGAUCAAUGUACUGGACGUGGACGAGCCCCCAGUGUUCAACAAGCCCCAGUAUGUGAUGGAUGUAUACGAGGACACACCAGCUGGAACUAUCAUUGGAGCAGUCACAGCACAGGACCUGGAUGCUGGCAGCAGUCCAGUCAGGUAUUCGAUUGACUGGAAGAGCGACUUGGACAGCUACUUUGAGAUAGAUCCAGUGGAGGGUACCAUUUCCACCAAUGAGCUUUUGGACAGAGAAAAUAUUGCGCAGCAUAAUAUCUCCAUAGUGGCCACAAAACUCAACAGCCCAGUGUUAACCAGCAGAGUGGCUGUGACUGUUCACGUCCUCGACAUCAAUGAGUUUCCUCCAGAGCUCGCCAGCCCCUAUGAGACCUUUGUGUGCGAGAACGCCAAACAGGGACAGGUGAUCCAAACAGUCAGUGCAAAAGACCAGGACCUCCCCUCAGCAGGACAGCAAUUCUCCUUCAAAGCUGUGAAAGAAGAUGGCAAGAGCAAGAACUUCACUGUACGAGACUUUGGAAAUAACACUGCGGGCAUUGUGACUAAGCGUGGGGGUUUCAGACGGCGCUUGCAGGAGUUGUACGUGUUGCCUGUGGUGAUCGAGGAUAACGGGUACCCCCCUAAGAGCAGCACGGGUACUCUGAGUAUCCGUGUGUGUGGUUGUGGCUCAGAUGGCUCUGUGCUUAGCUGCAGCGCAGAGGCCAUCUUCUUACCUGUGGGACUGAGCACCGGAGCUCUCAUUGCUAUCCUCCUCUGUAUGAUCAUACUGUUAGUGAUUGUGGUGCUGUACGUAGGACUGAGACGGCAGAAGAAGAAAGAGACGCUGAUGUCAUCAAAAGAGGACAUUCGCGACAAUGUGAUUCACUAUGACGACGAGGGCGGGGGUGAGGAGGACACACACGCUUUCGACAUGGGAACGCUACGCAACCCCAAAGCUGUCAAUGAAAACAUGCUACGCCGCGACGUCAAACCUGAACUCAAGUUAAAAAACAGCCGUGCUCCCGUAUCCCAAGAGAGUGCAGAUAUACAGGAGUUUAUUACCCAGCGAUUAAAAGAGAAUGAUACGGACAAUUCGGCACCACCCUAUGACUCUCUGGCUACUUAUGCAUAUGAGGGAGAAGGUUCGAUUGCCGAUUCACUGAGUUCUAUUGAAACUCAUGUUGUAGAGCCAGAGCAGGACUACGAAUACCUCAACGAAUGGGGUCCCCGCUUUAAGACGCUAGCUGGGAUUUUUGGGGAACAUUCUGAAUGCCAAUCGGACUCAACCACAACAGAAAACACACACUGA